AUGUCUGAUGAUGAUUGCGACUCGCGCACAGCUUCUGUUGGUUUAUUGAAGGCCCGCCGCAAGCACGCAUUCUCCGAGUCUCAAAAUUCAUCCUCAACUGGGAAUUCUGGCAGGCAGUGUUCCAGAAAGGAUCAUACGUUAGGUCGUCGUGACCUUCAGAACUUUGUCCCUAAGGGCGCUUCAUUUACUGCUUCAUCCCUUACAGUUGAUUGCGAGUCUAGUUCGGGUCCCGAUACUGCCAUGGAGGAUAAUCGCGGUGAAAGCACAACUACAGACCUCGCCCCAUCAUCUGUCUCUCCUCCUGCGUCGCGAGGAAUGGCACCGGCAAUGAAUUGGAACAAACUUGGUAAUGGUACCGUUAGAACGGCUCUUCGUGGGCGGCGCCAAGCGGAUACGGCUGGUUCCGCUGCAGCAGCUUCAUUUGAGGCUAUUAAUGGGAAUUACUGGCGCAGUCGGGGUGCGUCUCUUUCGUCUACAGGGAGUGAUACCGGUGGACAUCAUCCCCGAUUGCAAGGCCAACGGCAAAGCCAUUCCGAAACGGAUGCUUCUCAAAGUAAACCUCAUAUCGGAACAAGUUUAGGUCCAACGACCUUCUCUGCGGAGUUUUCCGAUACGGAUUCUGAACAGGACACGGAUGGAAACAAUGAUAUUGUUCUUAACUUGACUGGUCCUCCUCAAAUAGAUGAUGGGGUUCCAGCCACUGAAAAGCUACAUGGUCGGAAAGAUGAAAUUGCUUUCAGAAAUGACGGCCAAUUGCAAGUUGGGGAAUUUAAUGGAGAGGAACUUAGCGUACAAAACGGCUCGAAACCCCCCAUACAAGUUGGUGACGAAAUACCACAAAAUCAGGUUUAUCCUGACAUUGAUACUGGGAGGGCCAUGUCUGAAGGCCCAAAGGCGGAGGCAAUUCGUUUGUUCCGCGCAAAGUACCAUUCAGAUCCUACCACCCUCGCUGAUCUCACUCGUAAUGAUUUCGAGACUCAAGCUAGGUAUAGGUUUUUCGAUUUGCCACUAGAGAAUGUUGACCUCAGUCUACCCAUAACGUGUAUUGAUUGUAUGAAGGAAGGCCAUCUUGCGGACGUUUGUCCUAGGAAGGAGUGUGAACAUUGCGGAGCAUGGGAUGUUCACGAGAGUCGAUUUUGUCCUUCCCAGCGAAGAUGCCAACGUUGCAGGGAACGGGGUCAUGACGCAAAGGCUUGCACCUCUGCUUUGAAAAGUUCAGCUGUCGAAGACCCCUGUGAUUUUUGUGGUUCCAGUGACCAUACUGAGUGCGAGUGUGACUUGAUAUGGAAGCUCCCCAAGCGAAACCCAACCUCAGGCCGCAUAUUUGUUUCCAUAUCUUGCUGUCACUGCACAAGCAGUCGACAUUUGAUCGGAGAUUGCCCUACACGCACCUUCCCGCUGAACUCCUCAUCCUUCAGCCUUAAACAUUUUGACCCAGCAAUGACUUCCAACCUGAACACUUUCCCUGUUGCUAUUUCUGGCAAGGGAAAUAAUAAUCAGAAUAACCCUGAUUACAGGAUCAGAGGCCGUGCGAGCGCCCGAUCAUCAUCUGUCGAGAGUGAUGGAGGUUUCGGGCGACCAGAUAGUUGGACCCCAAGGAUAAACCGUUCACCCCCACAUAGACGCAUUCGCUUUAGCAGUGGAAUUGGACGUGGCAGAUUUCUUGAUGAUGAUACACGUCGCCCUCAAGGUUCAGGAAACGCGCCCCAUAAUCCCAACGAUUACCACCGCGGAUAUAGAGAACGAGAUCAAUAUUUCGGUAACAAUACCCGCCAACGCUCUUUGUCGCCUACCCGACUUCCAAUCCAUAAAAGUAACGGGGCAAGUAGUCGGCAACCUAGGGGCAAAGGCGGCGGUGGCGGCGGUGGUGGUCCCCGAGGUCGUAGCAGAGGGGCCAAGGGGGGUUUAAAUCGGGAAACAUACCGACCUAGGCCCAGCGCGGCUCAGAAAGAGUGGGACCGCCAUAGACCCUGA